GAUACUGUCGGCAACACCAUCUCAGGCGUGGGCCAGGGCGUGGGCAAGACCGUGGGUGGCGCGACUGAAGGUCUCGGAAACACCACCAAAGCCGUAGGCGAUACUGCCAGAGGUGCGACCGAUUCGGUUGGAGGCAAGAAACAGUCAGGGGAUAAUCCGCUUGGAUUGUGA